CGGACAGCAACGACUCGAGUCUUGCUGACUUGCUCUUGUUGGGUCCGUGUCGUGUUAUAUGCUCAGCUCUGCACGCUGGCUCGUGCAGAUCAACCUGCGAGGACAUUUCCACACUCGUCAGCCAGCGACAUUUCGCUCGUGCAGCACUCAGACCCUUCCGCACCCACAUCAACAACCAUCGAAGACCAGGAUGGGCAAGAACAAGAAGUCUUCCGUACCCGGCGAGCAGCAUCUGCAUCUGCAACCUCUCUCAUCUCUCUCGGAGAAGGCGACCGCACCCAUCGUCGACACGCACACCCACUUACACUCGACGUUUAGUACCUACCGCAGCAAGUAUCCCGCUGGCCGAUAUGAGACCGUCUUUGACUUCGUUCGGGGUAUGUACGAGGGGCGCGGUGUGGAAGCGAUUGUGGACGUAUGGUGCGAGGCCCCCGUUCUCAAGCAGGCGUGGCGAGAGCUGGCGGACUCGGCGCUGACGGAGGAGGAGAGGAGAAGUAAGUGGGCCGGGUUGGAGUAUUGGUUCGUUAUGGGUGUCCAUCCCCACGAAGCGAAUUCAUACUCGGAUGAAGUAGAGGCAGACAUCCUAGACGCGAUGGUACAUCCACGCUGCGUAGGCUGGGGCGAGAUCGGUCUCGACUACCAUUACGAUAACUCUCCGCGCGAGCUCCAGCAGCAAGUCUUUGUACGGCAGCUUCAGCAUGCUGUGCGCCUUGGAAAGCCGCUCACGAUUCACACGCGUGAGGCAGAGGAGGAUACGGAAAGGAUUCUAAAGGAAGAAGUGCCCAAGGAUCAUAAGAUUCACAUACACUGCUACACAGAUUCGCCUGAAUGGACUGCGCGGAUGCUAGAUCACUUUCCCAAUCUCUACAUUGGCAUCACGGGCGUCAUCACAUACUCGUCAAACCUUAACACCGCGAACGUCAUCCGCCAUCUCGCCGCCUCGUCUUCCUCCCGCCUACGCAUUCUCCUAGAGACAGACGCGCCCUUCAUGGUACCUUCGAACCUGUACGACACCGCGUUGAAGGGUGUCAAAGGUCGUUUGCCACUGAGUCAUAGUGCAAUGAUCCCGUGGACAGCAGAAUUCGUAGCUGGGGUAGCAAAUGAAAUGAUGGCGGAGGUGGUGGAGGGACGACCAUCGUGGGAUGUGGAGAGGGUGAUGCAGGUGGCGAGAGAGAAUGCACGGAACAUGUAUGGCGUUUGAAGGGUAAUGGUGUUCCUUGCUACGAGAGUGUAUAGCUUAAGUUGUCCGUCGACGUCGUGCACUUGACGUGCAGCUCCCCGUUGUUUACUCCGCGUCCAGUUGAUGCAUUGAGAUACUCAGUCUACGCAGGA